AUGUCUUCAGGGUCAACACAGCAUCAAGUUCCUCCACAACUAGAAGAUUCAAGCAUUUCUAAACAAGAAGGGUCUGUGGGAGAUGCAAAGAUCUUAAAGGUGAUUGUUGCACAAGAGGGAAAUGGUGAAGAAUUGGAAGAUUGCAAAACUCCAACUUCUUCGGGUAACAGGAUUCCCAUAAUUCAAAAAUGUCCACCUGCCCCAAGAAAGAAAAGAAGACUACAAAAGUCACCCUUCUUUUCAAGCAUAAAAAGAUCAUCAUUGAAUGGGUUCAGCCAUGUAGUGAGGCAUGAUGAAGAGGUAGAGUCUUUCUUCCAAUCCAUGUUUGAGCUUGCUAGAGUUAAGAAGAGAUGUAGGAGUAGGAUCAGGCCUGAUAUUCACAACUCUGAAAUGAUCAAAACCGAUAGGGCCCGUAGUGAUAGAAAGUUUGAGAGUUUUUUUUUAAGGCAGUUGAAGACAGCUUUAUCCCUCCCACCGAAUGUGUGA